AUGAGGGCUGGAGUGACAUCCAAGCAGGUGGAGGACCACGACCUUUCUGAAGAUGGUCGUGGUCGUUCGUCAGUUGAUGCCAACUCGGUUAAGGCCGGGAAAGAUAUUUACCUAGAAAUCGGUGUAGUCGGAGUUCCGCCAGAGGCCAAACGCAGCGGCAAGGCCCAAGAACUUGGGGGUCCGGGUGAUAUGGGGGAAUCGGACGGCAUCGAGAACGGGAACACAGCUGAGGGCAGGCGGAGAAGCUGCGCACUACGCGGUCGUAGACUCGUAGGUAGAGAGGAUGUGCGCCGGGCAAGUGCAGUUGUAGUAAUGGCCAAUAAGUCCCUCUACAUAAUUUUUUUCAUCUCAAGUUUGGUCCUCUUAAACAUAUUGGCAAGCGACACUGUGCUUGAUGUCAUAUGCCGCCAGACCCAUGACCCUUCCCUUUGCACGAGCAUCAUCGAGUGCGACCCUUGUUCCUUGACAACAGGCAUUCUCAUGCUGGUGGAGGACAUGAUUGACAUGGGCACUGACCUGGCUAUUGGCACCAAAGUCAAGAUCCACUCUCUCCUUCUUUUUGGGAAGAGUGUUUUCGGAGACGACGUGACAUUGGAAGAAAUUUCAUCCGAAGCAGUACAGGGGCGCCCCGUACUGACCUAG